AUGCCAUUUGGUUUGACCAAUGCUCCCGUGGCCUUUGUAGAUUUGAUGAACCAUGUGUUUCAGCCAUACCUAGAUCAAUUUAUGGUGGUGUUCAUUGACAAUAAUCUGGUAUAUUCUCAUAUAGAGGCAGAACAUGAUGAGCACUUGAGGAUUAUUGUACAAACACUGAAAGAGCAUCGUCUGUAUGCCAAACUAAGAAAAUGUGAAUUCUGGCUUCGAGAGAAGGAACUUAAUUUAAGACAACAGUGUUGGCUCAAGCUUUUUAAGGAUUAUGACUGCGAGAUUAAUUACCACCUAGGUAAAGAUAAUGUUGUUGCUGAUGCUUUGAGCCGUAAGAAAAUAUCUGAUUUGAGGUCAUUAUUUGCCAAGAUGAAGUUAUAUAAUGAUGACAUUCUAUCAGCAAAAUUACAGGCUAAGCCUACCUUGGCCGAGGAGAUUAAGGCCAAGCAGUUUCUAGAUAGCUCUUUGCUUCCCAUUAUUGAGCAAGUUGAGCAGGGGCCUACCUCAUAUUACAUUUUUGAACAUGAUGAAAUUUUGUGCUUCAAGGGUUGUUAUUAUGUACCCGAUGAAAAAGAGUUGAGGUGGGCUAUCUUUGAUACUGUUUGGUUGCCAUGA